ACCCGUGUCUCAGAAUUCCAACUCAUGGGCUUCUCAGGAGACCCUGGCCUACAGCCUGUCUUCUUUGGACUGUUCCUGUCCAUGUAUCUGAUCUCAGUGGUUGGGAAUCUGCUCAUCAUCCUAACCAUCAGCUCUGACUACCACCUCCACACCCCCAUGUACUUCUUCCUCUAUAACCUAUCCUUGGCUGACAUCUGUUUCAUCUCUACCACAGUCCCAAAGAUGAUUAUGAAUAUAAAGACUCACAGCAGAACUAUCUCGUAUAUGGGGUGCCUGACACAGAUGUCUCUUUUUAUCAUUUUUGUAUGUAUGGAUAAUAUGCUUCUGACUGUGAUGGCCUAUGACCGGUUUGUGGCCAUCUGUCACCCUCUGCAUUAUACAGUAAUUAUGAACCAUCACCUCUGUGUUUUCUUAGUUUUGGUGUCAUUUGCACUCAGUGUAUUUGAAUCCCAGAUCCACAAUUUGAUUGUAUUACAGAUUUCUUGUUUCAAGGAUUUAGAAAUUGCCAAUUUCUUUUGUCAUCCUUCUGAACUCCUUAACCUUGCCUGUACAUACAAAUUUAGUCAUACCAUACUUAUUUAUAUUAUUGGUGUCAUACUUGGUAUUUUCCCUGUUUUAGGGAUCAUUUUCUCAUACUGUAAAAUUAUUUCCUCCAUUUCAAAUAUUUCAACCUCCAAUGGAAGGAAGAAAGCCUUCUCCACAUGUGGGUCUCACCUGUCAGUUGUAUGUUUAUUUUAUGGAACAGCCCUUGGAGAGUACUUUGGUUCAGCUGUUUCCCAGUCUCCCAGAAACAAUGUGGUGGCCUCAUUUAUAUACACAGUGGUCACUCCUAUGCUGAAUCCCUUCAUCUACAGCCUGAGGAACAGGGACAUUAGUAGAAUCCUGAAGAAGCUCCAGAGAAUGAUGGUGAAAUCUUUAAUCGUAUGGCAUCCAUCUUGGACAAAUGUGUAA